CAAAUUUAUAUGAUUGAAAUUAGUGGAGCUAAUAAUGUUUUAACCUUUAGCUUAAUGACAAAAUAUGAUUAAUCAAUUUGUAAUCUUUGUUUUUUUUUAAAUAACACGGCAAUUCCAUUUUAAAGAGUGAGGAUCAUCAAUUGAUUACUUAAGCAUACUUAAGCAUACUUUCGGCCAUUGUAUUUCUAGUGAGAGAAAAAUAUUAUUUUGGUUCCAUUAAUAUCAUUUUGUGUAUAGAAAAUAUCUAUAAUAUUUUCUAAAUAUUAUUAGAAAUAUUUUCUAUAGAAAUAUACAAGAUUAUUAUUAUCCCAAUUUUAAUCUUUAUAUUUUAUACUAUUAUAAUCUUUACUAGCAUAAAGAUUGUGGUAGACUCUGGCGUUGUUCGUGUGUCAAAGUUGGAGACCGGACGCUUGAACGGUUACAUUUGCACUUUCAACGCUCUUUCUACGACUUCUUCGUUUUUACCGCUUACGGAGAAAGAAUUCAAUGUUGCUGAAAUAAAAAUCCAAAGAUGCCAAAACAUACCCAUUGAAAGCUGUUGGAUGACUUGGAUCCUAAAUUAAAAGGAGGUUUGUAUUGUAAGAUGGAGUUCAUUUUGAGCGCCUUAAAGAGGGAAAAAACCAGGAUUUGGAGCUCUUAUUAUCAAGUUGAUGAUGACAUGUGCAAGAGCUAACUCUUUGUUUGGAAUAUCAAUGAACAUAAAAAAAACAAAGAAAAAUUUUGGUCAAUACUUACAUACACGGGUGUGACGCAUCUAUUUUCGAAGCCCAUUCCGUCCGUGACACAAUCAUUUCCAACUCGUCCGUCUCCUUUCUUUCAAACGCUUCUUCUGCCACUGCAAUCCUCCGUUUGGUGUCGUCAGCGCUUGGGCCGAUGGCGAUACUGUACGGUCUGGUUGCUAGGGGGGCGACGGUUUUGGCGGAGUUUAGCGCCGUGACGGGGAACACCGGGGCGGUAGCGCGGCGGAUCCUGGAGAAGCUUUCGGCAUCGGGGGCGGCUGAGUCUAGGCUCUGCUUCUCUCAGGGUCGGUACAUCUUUCACAUUCUUAUGUCCGAUGGCCUGACCUUCCUUUGUAUGGCCAACGACACCUUUGGCAUUAUUUGGCGAUGCUUAGAACAAGUUUUCAGAUAUUUGAUGAUGCAUAGAUCAGAGUUUUAGAAAUUAGGUAUGAGCAGCUCUGUAUUACUCACUGAACUUGCUAUGCAAAUAUACAAUCUGUAUGGGU